CUGCAUCCAAGAAGAUCAGGUCUCGCAACUCUAAAAACACUCACACGAGGGAGGCAUCAAAGACCACGCCUCCGCCUUCUUCUUCUUCUUUCUCGUAAUCUCUUCUCUCUCUACCACUUUCGCCGACUCAAUCCACGGCUGCGGCGGCUUCGUCGAGGCUAGUUCUUCUCUGAUCAAGGCCAGGAAGCCGACCGAUGCUAAAUUGGAUUAUUCUCAGAUCACGGUUGAGCUUCGGACAGUUGAUGGGUUGUUGAAGGAUAGCACUCAAUGUGCUCCCAAUGGUUACUACUUCAUUACCGUAUAUGACAAGAUCAAGUCCUGAUAUGCCUGUAGUAUUGUUGAUCUUGCUGAUCGUCAAACUCCCCCCUAAUAGUCAAACUCCUAUUCUGUAUUAUCCUCACCAACCCAUUGACUUAAUCCAUCGGGGAAACUUCCUCAUCAAUAAGUGUGAAGUGUCUUGGUGGCUAUUAAGAAUCUUCCCGCUAACUCGUCAACUGUAAGUUUCAUCAAAGCUGAUAGUCAAACUCCUCUCAAAUUCUGUACCUCAACAUCCCAUUCACUUACAAGGAAACUUCCUCGUCAGUAAGUGUGGAAUUCCUGGUGGCUAAUGGGAACCUUCCUCUUCAUAUAUAUGUCCCUCUCAGAAACUGCAUAUAAUUGUCCUCGGCCUUGCAUAUUCGUGCCCUACAUUCAGUCAUUGCAAGAACCAAGAAGCAGAGAGUUUCUCUAGAUGGAUGCUUUCCGAGAUUCUUAUUCGUCCUCUUACCGGUGUUCCUAUCAUGCCUUCUUGAGUUUCAGAGGCCAGGACACGCGCAAGGGCUUUACUGAUCACCUCUAUAGAGCCUUGGAGCAAGCAGGAAUCCACACGUUUAGAGACGAUGAUGAAAUCAAGAGAGGGGAGAAGAUUGAGUCGGUGUUAGAGAAGGCGAUACAGGAGUCACAAGUAUCGAUAAUUGUCUUCUCCAAGGACUAUGCUUCCUCAAGGUGGUGUUUGAACGAACUUUUGAAGAUCGUGGAACGUAGAAAUGCUGAUCGUAGACAUGUGGUUCUACCAAUUUUCUAUGAUGUGGAUCCAUCCGAUGUCAGGAAGCAGAGUGGUUCUUUUGCUGAAGCAUUUGCCAGACAUGAGAAGCGAUUCAGUACGGAGGAGAUGGACAAGGUGGAGCUGUGGAGAAGAGCUCUUAGAGAUGUUGCGUCUUUGGGAGGAAUGGUUUUAGGAGAUCGGUAUGAGGGGCAGUUCAUCCAAGAUAUUGUUGAAGAGAUUAGAAAUAAACUGGAUCACGCAGCUUUAGACGUCGCUCCCUUUUCAGUUGGAAUGGAUUAUCGUGUGAGACGCCUAAACAUGUGGUUACAAGAUGGAUCAAAUGAUGUUGGUGUAGCUGUCAUCUGUGGGAUGGGUGGAAUUGGCAAGAGCACUAUCGCGAAGGCCGCUUAUAACCGUAACUUUGGUAGAUUUCAAGGUAGCAGCUUUCUUGCAGAUAUACGAGAAUCUUCAGAACAACCUAAUGGUUUUGCUCGCUUGCAAAGAAAACUUCUUUCAGGUAUCCAAAAGGGGAAAGCAAAGAAAGUAUACGAUAUGGACGAAGGAACAAGCAGGAUCAAACAAGCCGUAGGCUAUAAAAAAGUUCUUAUUGUUCUUGAUGAUGUGAGCAACCGGGAUCAACUCAAAGCAAUUCUUGGAAUGCGAGAAUGGCUUCAUCCAGGAAGUAAAAUUAUCAUAACAACUAGACAUGAUCAUUUGUUAAAAGCCCAUGAAGUUUUUGAAAAGUUUAUGGUUCAAGAACUCGAUGAGGAUGAAUCACUUGAGCUUUUCAGUUGGCAUGCCUUCAGACAAUCCCAUCCAGAAGAAGGUUACAUGGAGCUUUCAAGACAUGUGGUACAGCACUGUGGAGGGCUUCCAUUAGCUCUUGAAGUUCUGGGAUCUUCUCUAUCCGGAAAAAGUGUAGAAGUAUGGCAAAGUGCAUUGCAGAAGUUUGACGUGAUCCCUAAUGACAAAAUUCAGAAAGUUCUGAGGAUAAGUUUUGAUUCUUUACAAGAUGAUCAUGACAAAAAUUUAUUCCUUCACAUAGCCAGUUUCUUCACAGGAAAGAAGAUGGAUUAUACGAGUACAAUGUUGGACAGCUUAGAGUUUCACACAAGGAUUGGGAUUGAAAAUCUAGUUGACAGAUGCCUAGUGAAAAUUCAAUGGCCGAACAGGUUGGCCAUGCAUCAAUUGGUGAGAAACAUGGCAAUGGAAAUUAUUCGUGAAGAAUCACCUGAUGACCCCGGAAAACGUAGUAGAGUGUUGCAGAAAGAUGCCUCUAAUAUUUUGAGAAAAUUAAGUCAGGGUACGGAAAAUGUUAAGGGCCUCAUGCUCAACCUUGCUUGCAAAAGAACGUUAGUUGUAAGUGAUAAACAACGCUGCCAUGUUGAAGAUUAUGAUGAAAAUUCUUCAAGACGAAGUGGGCUUGGUUUCUUCUCUUGGAAACCAAUUAGCUUUUCAUCCACAAACUCAGCUUCUGCAUCAAAUGAGAUAGAUUUCAAACCUGAGGCGUUUAGAAGGAUGCACAAUCUUGAACUUCUCAUGCUCAACAACGUCAACAUCAGGGGAAGCUACGAAGAAUUUCCAAAAAGUUUAAUAUGUUUAUCUUGGAGAGGAUUCCACUUAAAAUCAGUACCAGAAAAUUUUUGUUUGGAAAACCUGGUUGUUCUUGACAUGCGAAAUAGUAGCCUACAACAUGUUUGGAAUGGGAUCAGGUUUCUUCCGAGGCUGAGAAUUCUUAAUCUCAGUCAUUCGCAUGGCCUUAGGACAACCCCCGACUUCUCAGGACUCCCUAACCUUGAGAGAUUGAUUCUUAAACAUUGCAUAAAUUUGGUUGAGGUUGAUGAGUCCAUCGGAUACCUAGAGAAACUUGUUGUUUUGAAUCUAGAAGGCUGCAAAAAUCUCAUGAAGCUUCCAAAAUUGAGAUCUAUUCGGGAUCUUAUUCUUUCUGGUUGCUCAAAGCUUGUGCUUGGUGCCAAUACGACUGCCACAACUGAUCACUUACAAUCUACAGCUUGUGAAAUGAAGAAACUCAUUCUGUUAUCACCUAAACCAUGGUAUUCAAUCUGGUCAAUCUGGUCGUGGGUGUCGCCGAGAAAAAAUAUUGAAUCAAGCAGUUUCUCAUUGGCAAGUUUACCACAUUCCUUAACAAGUUUACGUCUGGAUCGCUGCAAUCUAUCAGAGAUUCCGAGUGCCCUUACUAUGCUGCCUUCGUUAGAGUACUUGGAUCUGAAUAACAAUCCAAUUACAAGCCUACCAGAGAGCAUGAACAAUCUUGUUAAGCUUCGCACUCUUGCAGUAGAAGGUUGCAGAAACCUCACAAUGCUUCCAGAGCUCCCACAUAGUUUGAAACAAUUGAAUGGUAGAGGUUGCACAUCAUUGAAAAGAAUAACAAAUUUACCGAACUUGGACAUAUCACCGGCCCCCGAUCCCUACUCUUGCGACAUAUUAUCGGACUUUGAUUUAGAGGAUUACAACAUAUUAUUGGACUCAAAUUUAUGGUAUUGUGGGAAACUAGUUGAUGUUGCACGCUUGUUCAAUACACUACCAUUUAGCAGCUUUGACAUAAAACUCCUCAAAGAUAUCGAUCUAUUCGAUUUGAAACCCAACGGUGGCGUUGAGUUCCAAGGGAACAACUAUUGUGCAAGAAGGCGCUCCAAGGGAACUUUUGAAUGCUGCAUAUUUAGCAUUUUUGUCCACGAGAGCAAGAUUCCAGAUCGGUUCAAUUACAGGAGCUUGCGUAACACUGUUUUCCCUUUUAUUGUUCCUUCACAGCCUAAUAUCAAGAUCGUAGGUUUAAAUGCAUGUAUAUUGUAUGCCCGGCAAUCGGAUCGAAGCCCUGAGAUUGCACGCGGCUUUCCUUCUUUCCAUUCGCUUGAACUUAGGAAUGAGACAAAGGGCCUUAAGUGGAAAUUAAGAAUGCGGACACAGGUUGAAUGGGAAGUGAUGAACGAUGAUAUGUUAUGGCUAAGCCAUUGGAUUAUGGGGAACAAUGAAUUGGAAUGCGGGGAAGAAGCGUGUUUUGAAAUCAAAGAGCAAGACGGUUUCCUCGCAAUGGAGAUUGGAGUCCAGUUUGUGUACGAGCAGCAAAAUAAGGAUAAGGAGGAUGUCCCAUCAAGUAGUGAAGAUGCAAUGAGCAGACCGCAUUGGUUAAUUGGAGCGGACCACGUUGGGUCAUUGGAGGAAUAUACCGAUCUUGGGGAUGAGUACGAGAAGGAAUCUAUUUCAACUGUCGUCUGCAAGGCUAGUUGCCAUCUCAUUAACAAUGAAGUGAUCGAUCUUGAGAAUGACUCCCGCAUGACCCCAUAGCAACGAGUGCUCUAAACUAUUACCCAGUUUAAUUCAAACUGGUGUUGGGGAUGCACAAAUCACUAGAUUCAAAUGUGUACUGGUUGUUAAGCUUUGUUUCCAUCUAUUUUCAAAUUUUCCCAAAAAAAUUGCAGCCCUGAGAUUGCAGAUUCCCGGCCUCAUUAAAUGCAUGACCUCAUUAAAUGCAUGUAUAUUGUUUGACCGGCAAUCGGAUCGAAGCCCUGAGAUUGCAGAUUCCCGGCCUGUCCAGUUGCUUGAACUUAGGAAUGAGACAAAGGGCCUUAAGUGGAACUUCAGAAUGGCGAAUAAGGUUGAAUGGAAAGUGAUGAACGAAGAUAUGUUAUGGCUAAGCCAUUGGAUUAUGGGGAACAAUGAAUUGGAAUGCGGGGAAGAAGUGUGUCUCGAAAUAAUCAGAAAGCAAGACGGUUUCGUCACAAAGGAGAUUGGAGUCCAGUUUGUGUACGAGCAGCAAAAUAAGGAUUAGGAGGAUGUCCCAUCAAGUAGUGAAGAUGCAUUGAUCUCACGUGACAGAUUGUUUAAUAUCAUGGGAGCGGACUUAUUAGGCUUUACGAAAUGGAUCCGUAACUGCGAGAAUGAAUCUAUGUCAACUGUCGUCUGCAAUGUUUGUUACCAUCUCUGUAACCAUGAAGUGAUCGAUCUUGAGAAUGACUCCCGCAUGACCCCGUAGUAACGAGUGCUUUAAACUAUUACCCAGUUUAAUUCAAACUGAUGUUGGUGAUGCACAAAUCACUAGAUUCAAAUGUGUAUUGGUUGUUAAGCUUCGUUUCUAUCUAUUUUCAAUUUUUCCCUAAAAAAUUGUUUUCAAUAAUUUAAUAUACAAAAUUUCAUG